AGGUAGGUAGAUGGUGAGAGAAGUGCAGGUACUCUUGGCAUUAUUACAUCUUCACAUGUCACAGAGUGGACCCUGCAACUUCCUUAUCGUAGCUUUAUCGCUUUAUCGCGGUCGCAAUCCACAAAUUUUUCUGAGAGGUGGUUGGCGGCCGCAAGAACAUCCGACACACGUUCGCAUCCGCCGCAGCGGCAAGAACAACCACCGCAACAGUUGCUCUUCAGCAGCAUUUGCUCGCUCGCUCACUCAGCGGAGAUAGGCCCUCUCUCUUCAUCAUCUCAAACGGCUUUCCCGGGCCAUGUCGAAGAGCUCCAAACAAUAUAAAAAUAAUACAAUUACAUCUUUGGCAUCCUCCGGGCCCCCAGCCUGGCUAUUCACCAACAACUCAACCUCGACUCCCUCGACCCAGCCAGCUGUGACCCCAGACACCAUGGCUAAGAAGGAGAAGAAGGCCCAAAAGGCUGCAAAGCAGCAAUCCGAGCCUGUUGCAGCACCCGCAGCCCUCCCGUCAUCCGCCGCCGAGAAGCCCUCUGCCCAAUUGAUGGAUCUUGUCGAGUCUUUCCUUUCUGAUCAAGGUUUCGACGAUGCUCACCGUGCGUUCCGAAAACAUCGAGCCACCAAGGCUUGGAAAGGCCAUGGCGCCGGAUUACCGGGUAACAAGGAGCACUCUUUGGUUAGUAUCUAUCAGACCUGGGAGACCCUCCCCAACGCCACGCCCCAGACCGCCAGUGUUAGCAACAGCAACAAUGAAUCUUCCGAAUCCUCCAGCGACGACUCUAGCAGCGACGAGUCCUCUGACGACGACGACGAUGUUGCAAUGGCCGACGCCCCUGCCGCCGAGUUAUCCUCCGAUUCCUCUAGCAGCGAUAGCGACAGUGACAGUUCUAGCGAUAGCGAGAGUGAGAGCGACAGUGAAGAGGGAGAACCAACGGCCGUGACACUAUCUGCAUCUAAAAUCGCCCCCGGCACCAAGAACCUGAAGCGCAAGAUCGAGUCAGAUAGCGAAAGCUCAUCUUCUGAGUCAGACUCUGAUUCUGAUUCCGACUCCGACUCUGAUGAAGACAUGACUGGUUCGAAGGAGAAGAGUGUGAAAAUUAAGAAGCCGCAAUCCAAGAAACUCAAGACUGGGGACAGCUCAGAUGAGAGCUCCUCGUCGGAAUCUAGCUCUGAUUCCGAUUCCGACUCAGAGGUUGAAGGGGGCAAAUUAAAGAAUGUCCAAUCCGAUAGUGCCAGUUCUUCUGAAUCUGACUCCGACGAUUCUUCAUCCAGCUCAGAAUCUGAAUCUGACUCUGAAGACGAAGUAGAAACAGCCGCAAAGGUUGCGCUACCUGAGUCCGACUCCGACUCCGACUCCUCCAGUGACUCAGAUUCUGAAUCAGAGCAGCAAGAACAGAAAAUCAAGGCAGAGCCCAAGACUACGAAUGGUGCAGCUUCAGACAGUUCAGCUACGCUAGAAAAGGCUUCUCCAGAAUUUGCCCCUCUUCCCCCUGACCCCGCUACUUACAAGGCGAACAACAGGGGCAAAAAUGGGGCAAAUCCGAAGAAGACACAGAAUGUACCCUUCUCGCGCAUCUCCAAGAAUGUUGUCGUAGAUCCUCGUCUCUCAUCGAAUGCUUAUGUUUCUCACGGAUAUGGUGAGCAAGCUCACCGAGACCUGAUUGUGACAAAGGGCAAGGGCUUCACCAAGGAGAAGAAUAAAAAGAAGCGUGGGGCCUACAAGGGUGGCCCUCUAGAUGUUCAUACAAGCCGAAGCUUCAAGUUCGACGAUUAGAAAUGCGAGCACCCCAGCUCCGACGAUUAUGACCUUGAGAAUCUUGAGUCAGUAGAUAAUAAUCCUCAUGUCGGGUAUGCCUCCCUUGACACACCAACGGCCCCACGGAAACGAAGAUACAGCAGCUUCCCAUUUGCCGCCAGGGCGAGAAAUGGAUUCAAAAAGCGAGGACCAUCCAAACUUCGACGGGUUCUAUAGUGAGCAACAAGUAAUUCGAAGUAUGGUCGCCCAUAUUAGCUGAUGAUUGGUUUUAUGGAGGCAAUUGGUCGAUAGAUCUUAUUGCCUUCCACAUCGUGGGGCUUGCAGAUGCCGCAUGAGACAGUGGUGGCCAGAAUAGACCUUAGACAGUCUUGCGUUGGGGACAGUAUUACAAGGUUCAGUAUUAGAGAUUGACAGCUUGUAUAUAUUAAAGAGUCAAUGCAAAAUUAAUCGUUACUUUGGCACACGCUGGUCUAUAUGUUCCUGCUUUGUGAGUCCAGUCCAAGUGUUAUCUUACAUCGUACCGAUAAUAUUCCUUAGAUUGCCUGGGUCCAGACUGGGUCCCAGAGACAUGGAGACCUACUGCACACGGAGCUCGAUGAUAUUAGUUGAUAAUAUGCCCUGAUAAGAAAUCCUCGUGGCAUCGGUGAAAAUGCUUUAUUACAUGCGUCCAGG